CGCUAGGCUAAAUUAAACAACAAAAAAUUCGCAAAGUAUUUUUUUUUUAAGCAGGGAGGUUUACGAUCUCUUUUAAACAUCACUUGAAAGUAGGAGCAGCGGCACAUGAGCUGCCCAUGGCCCUCAAAUCUUGGCAGCCCGGAAGUUUAGCCAUUUCAGGCUAACACUUGAAUGCUACUGUCCCGUUUUUGCGGUUAACUUUAGUUAAUGUUUUAACUAGUCUUGAGUUUGCUGGUGAAUUACGGGACACUUCUGGUUUGCAGCUGUUAAAGGGAACUUUUCUCCAGAGAGACUUGGCAGAUGGAGGGGUUCGACCUCGUACCGUUGGACGGGGGGGAGCCAGUGCGCUUGCCCGAGGGGGAAACGGUGCUCGGCAGGGGUCCAUUCCUGGGAGUCAAUGACAAAAGAGUGUCUAGGCACCACAGCCUUCUGGAGAACCAGGACGGGCAACUGCGCCUUAAGCCAACCCAUGUGAACCCUUGCUUCAGUCAGGCAUGUCUGGAGGAUGCCCCGCAGCCUCUGGAGAGAGACCGCUGGCACAUACUUCAUCACGGUGACAUCUUCUCCCUCCUUCCCGGAAAGUAUAUCUAUAAAGUGGUGGCCUUGGGUGGCAGAAACAGUCAGGCUUUCCAAGGAGAUGGAGAAGAAUAUGUUCCCACGAGGCCCUCUGGUUCUGCCAGCCCAAAAAGUGAGCCACCUCCUCCUAUUAAACAAGACAUCUGUCAGACGCUACCUUGGACUGGAGAGGACAUGUGUCAGACACCAUGUCCUGUUGGACAGCACCUGACAGGGACACGCCGCAGCCAGAAUGCCGCACUGGAAGUUGCUGUAAACCAACAGAAAUACAAGGAAGAAAUUAUCAAGACCUGUACCUCAGAUAAGGGAGAGACUGGAUUAGUAAAAGAAGUGCAGAGGCCCCAGAAUGAAGUUUGUUCUGCCAAAAAAAGAGUUUUACCUGCCUGGAUGACUGCCUCUGUUGCAUCUCCCGUGAAUCCUUGCACCACCUCUAAAGGAGCUGGGAGGACUAGUAAAGGACCAGCAAUGCCGACAACCAGCAGCAAGCGUGGGUCUCCCCCACAGAGCACAUGCCCUGUAACCUCUGUGGGGGAGGAGUCAGAGAGCAGUGGGGCAGAGCAAAUGCUGACGAAGAGGAGAAAGAUGAGGAAGGCUCAGUCAGAAGCAGUGCCCAGAGCCAGGCAGCAGGCCAGAAGAGCUUCAGAGAGUGAAGAGUUUGACAGCCUUGAUGCAGAAGAGUCAGAAAACGGGACAGGCGACAGGAAGGGAAACAAGUUAGCAAACCCAACCGCUGGCAUCAACCAACCUGACAAGCAAGACAGAAAGUCAGAAGAUGAACUGACAGAUGACAGAGCAAAGCGUCUUGGAACAGACCAUUGCUCUGCCUCUAACCAAACCCCUUCCAAAGCCUUACUCCGAAAACCCUGCCCUUAUGGGAAGGAUUGCUACAGGAAAAAUCCACUACACUUUCAGGAGUGCAGUCACCCUGGCGACAGUGACUACAAGGAGGAGAAAGAAGAUGAAGCGGAGGCUGCUGACCUCCCCGAGUGUCCCUACGGCACUGACUGUUACAGAAAAAACCCUCUUCAUUUGAAAGAAUACAAACACACCAAAAGACCAGCAAGGACCACAAGGAAGCAAGGGAAAAAAAGUCCUGCUGAUGAUGACGAUGAUGGAGACGACUUUGGGGACAGUGACAGCUUCAUCAAUGAUGAAAGUGAUGACAACGUGGACGACUCGGACUACGUACCCCCAGACUCGGAUGAAAGCGGCAAGGAGGACAUCAAGCAGCUUCAGAAGGAGGCCAAGGCUUUUAUGAAGAGAAAUAAAUAAGCACGGCCUUCUUUUAUUUCAAUAAUCCACGUUUACAUAAUUUUCAUUCAAGAAAUCUUCCGAUACAAAAUGUACACAGUGAAUACAGUGUAUACUAUAUACUGUUGACAGAAGGUGUGGGAAAAAGGACAUUUAAUGCUGGCAUUUUAUUUUGGGGUAGAAAUCAUGAUUCCACUACACCUUUAUAGUCACUUUGAAUACACAAAUGAGUCCGGUAAAUUUAGGUCAUCAUAAUAAACAAUUCAUAAUGCUGGCUGACUGACUAACUGGAAUUUAAUCCGUUUUUACAACAUUACCUUUUGUUUCUGUCAAAUUUUGAAUUCUUUUGAUUAACAGGCCUCAUAAGAUACUUUGUUUAAAGUUGAGUCCAUUCAGACUACAUUCAACCAAUCCGUCCUCAGAAUAUGUGUCACACACUGGGAUUUUAGGAGCGUCAUUGUCAUGUUGAGAUGACCUUCUGUUUGUUUUUACAUGCAAAUAU